UGAAGAACGGUGUAGCAAGAUAACAUACUAUUCAAUACAUGAACUUGCAGAAUUUUUAAUGUUUUAUUCUUGUUAUUGAUGAUAAAACUGCUGUCAGCCCCUGUUUUUCGACGUGUGAAAACUGGCGGAAGUGGGAGCCUAAUUCAAUUGGAAAAUGAUUCUCAAAAUUGAAUCGUAAAAUUUUUUGCCUGUGAGCAUUCUUGAAGCCCAGCUUCAUUGUUCAUUUUCAUCAUAGUGAAGGGGUUUUGCGCACAUGAUUUUUGUGAAAAUCAAUCCCAUAAUCUGUUACUGAGAUUGCGAUGGUGAAGGAGACCGGAUUCUGCGAGAUUCUUGGCAUUCUUCCAUGGUGCACUCCUGAUGAGCUGAAGAAGGCGUAUUGCAAAGCUGCGCUGAAAUACCACCCCAACAAAAACCCCGCUGAACCGGAAAAGUUCAAGUUGAUCUCUCAAGCUUACGAGGUACUGUCAGACCCAGAAAAGCGUAGGAUCUAUGAUGGAGGAGGGGAAUCAGCUAUUAGGGAAGGAUUUGACGAUCGCGGCGGAGCGUUUUCAUCACCAUUCAACAUAUUCGAUAUGUUCUUCGGUGGGGGCCCAUUCAGAGGUCCUGGUGGUGGUCGUAGAGGGGGACCAAAGAAUGACGGGGAUCAGGAACCUGGACUGGAGCCCGGAAAUAUAGUGAUAGUCCUGGAUGAGAAGGAGCACGAAGUUUUCACACGUUCAAACGAUGACCUUAUUAUGAGGAUGAAAAUUGAUUUGGUUGAAGUGCUGUGUGGAUUGCGCCGCAAUGUUCAAACGCUGGAUAGCCGCACACUUCUCAAGCAGACUGUUCCCAGUGAAGUGAUCAAGCAUGGAGAGUGUAAAUAUAUCAACGGAGAAGGAAUGCCACAUUACCAAAAUCCAUUCGAGAAAGGUCAUUUGAUCAUUCAAUUUUCCAUUGAAUUUCCCGAGAAACUUGAUCCCGUUAAUAUACCUGCUCUGGAAGCUGCUCUUCUAGUGAGUAAAACAACUCUGAAUGAAGUGGAUGAGCGGACACACGCCGAAGUGAAGCGUUAUGGACGACGUGCCGGUCAGAACACCGUCGUCGAUUGGGUUUUCUGUGGUCAGUUCAUCAACACAAUUGUGUGUGAAGAAUGUUAUCAUUAUUCACUAAGGAUAGAAAGUUUCCUCGACAUUUUGCUUCCAAUCUCGGAAGAAAAGGUUCUCCGCCAUGGUACAAAGCAUGAAGAUGAGGGAGAGCCCAGUGAUUUGUUGCAGUCAAAGAAAAAAAAGCUGGAAAAACUUGAGCGGAAACCAAAAGGACGUGCUAAAGAAUUACUGAAGAAAGAGCAACGCCGCCAAUCAGCCCAACAGAAGAGCGUUGCAUCCAAAUGUUCCAAGAAUGAUGAGCCGGGAACCGCUGAGGACGUUAAGCCUGCUUCUGCUUUACUCCGGGAACAUGAAACUACGGACUCUUAUCAGUGCAUCCGCUGAUGAAGCAGACGAAGAAAGUUUCAACGGUGGUGAUGUUGAAGAUAAUCUGGAUACUUAUGGUUCCCGGGGAUGUUCUUCUCCACAAGGGAUUUCCGCUGAUGCCGUGUUGGUGAAUUCAGAACAUUUGUUAAGUUUGCUUUCUUGUCAAAUUGCGAAGUUUGAAGGAUCGAAAACAGUGCGUCGAAAUGUCAAGUUGCAUUCUGCUCUCAUGUGCAAUAUCCGGAAUGUGUGUAUCAAGUAAUGAGAAUUUAGAAUUUUGUUGCAUCUGUAAAGACGGCAAAUAACAUGCUAACACUUGGGAAUAUUCAUCCGUAUAUGUUAUUGAUAUGCUGUUGACGCAUCUAUUUUAUCCUUUGAAAAUGAUCACAAAGAUGUUGACCUUGAAACUGAAAAAAGAAAAUACUGUAUGCAGUAUAAAAAAUGACUUUUUACGUUUUUGAGACAUGAAAUAUGAAUUAUGAAAUUACUUCUAUGCUUGAUCCCUAAUGCUUCCUAGACAUUUGUGAUGCGUAGAAUAUAAAUCUCAAAAUUACUUCUAUGCUUGCCUAAUUUGUACUUCAAAGUAUAUACAAAAUGCAGAAUUUUGUGGCCCACCAUUUUUCCUGAUUUUUCAGAGUUUGAAGGGUGCUGUGCUGCCAUUUAGAUGGUGUACAAACUGCUGAGGUAAUUUGUUGCUCAUGAAGGUGUGUGCAAUGAAAAGUGAAAAGGUCUUUGAAUUAUGUGUUGUGUAAUAUUGCAAUGUGUUUUUGUUUAUAUGAUGAUGCAGGUAUAUACACCAUCAGAUACUUCACUCAAUCAUGCUACCAUGCAAUUUUAUAAUUGCACACAUGAAGAAUACAAUUGAAAUAAAACAAGUUUACUCAAUUAUCAACAAUGCCAUGUACAUUCCUUCAAUCAUCCUCC